AUGGUGGAUGAAGCACGUGAUGUUUCAAUAAAGGAGCAAAUGGCGAUGGUGCUGCGCUAUGUGAAUGACAAAGGACAAAUAAUUGAAAGGUUUGUGGGGGUUCAACAUGUAAUCGACACUACUUCAAGUGCACUAAAGAAAACCAUUGAUGAAUUCUUUUCUUCCGCGAAUUUAAGAUUUUCCAAGGUACGAGGACAAGGUAAUGAUGGAGCUAGUAAUAUGAGAGGUGAGUUUAAUGGCCUUAAGACAAAGAUUUUGAGAGAACAACCUUGUGCAUUUUAUGUUCAUUGCUUUGCUCAUCAACUUCAACUACCUCUUGUUGUGGUAGCAAAGAAAAAUAUUGAUGUCAACUCUUAUUUCACAACGGCUAAUAGUUUGGUUAAUGUUGUUGGAGCAUCUUGUAAUCGUCGCGAUGCACUUAGAGCACAAUACCAAGAAGAGCUUGUGAGAGCUUUUGAAGAUGAUUGUCUUAUAACGGGGCGGGGCUUAAAUCAAGAAACUACUCUCAAACGUGCCGGAGAUACACGAUGGAACUCACAUUAUGGUACAUUGAUUAGUAUCAUGUCUAUGUUCUCAUCUAUGGUGAAUGUGCUUCAAAUGAUUGUUGAUGAUAAUCCUAAUGAUAGUUCGGGUGAAGCUUAUAAGUUAUGGAGAGAAAUACAAUCUUUUGAGUUUGUGUUUCACUUAUUUGUAAUGAAAGCUAUAUUGGGAAUAACAAACACUUUGUCUCUAGCAUUGCAAAAGAAAGAUCAAGACAUUGUAAGUGCAAUGAGUUUAGUGAAAACAUGCAAGGAAAACCUGUAG